GGCGGUGCCUGCGCAGGGCAUGCCGGGAGUCUUGGUGUAACGUUGGCAGCUGCAGGUGAAGCGGAGCAGGGAACGCGGCGAGAGGAGCCUGUGAAGGGAUUCCCGCGGUCUCCAGAAUCCUACUCUGCCCUGAUAAGGGCAGGCUUUUCCGUGAGAGGAUUUCAGUUUGUUGAAAUGAGCAGUCGUAAAUCAAAGAGUAACAACUUAAUACAAGCAGAAUACCUUUCACAGGUACAAAGAAUUUUACGUGAAAGAUUUUGUCAUCAGAGUCCACAUAGUAACCUGUUUGGAGUACAAGUGCAAUAUAAACACUUAAUUGAGCUGCUAAAAAGAACUGCUAUUCAUGGAGAAAGUAAUUCUGUUCUCAUUAUUGGACCCCGAGGAUCAGGAAAGACCAUGUUAAUAAACCAUGCUUUGAAAGAACUAAUGGAAGUAGAAGAAGUGAGUGAAAAUGUAUUACAAGUUCACUUAAAUGGACUGCUGCAGAUCAAUGAUAAAAUUGCCUUAAAGGAAAUCACAAGGCAGUUAAAUCUGGAAAAUGUAGUUGGAGAUAAAGUUUUUGGAAGCUUUGCCGAAAACCUUUCAUUUCUUCUGGAAGCUUUAAAAAAAGGUGACCGGACUAGUAGUUGCCCAGUGAUCUUCAUAUUAGAUGAAUUUGAUCUUUUUGCUCAUCAUAAAAACCAAACACUCCUCUAUAAUCUUUUUGACAUUUCUCAGUCUGCACAGACUCCGGUAGCAGUUAUUGGUCUUACAUGUAGAUUGGAUAUUCUGGAACUCUUAGAAAAGAGAGUGAAGUCACGAUUUUCCCACCGGCAGAUACACUUAAUGAAUUCAUUUGGUUUUCCACAGUAUCUUAAAAUAUUUAAAGAACAAUUAUCUCUACCUGCAGUAUUUCCAGGCAAGAUUUUCGCUGAGAAGUGGAAUGAAAAUGUUCAGAGUCUCUCAGAAGAUAGGAGCGUGCGAGAUGUGCUGCAGAAGCAUUUCAAUGUCAGCAAAAGCCUGCGGUCAUUACACACGCUACUGAUGCUUGCUUUAAAUCGUGUAACACCAUCACACCCAUUUAUGACUGCAGCAGAUCUGAUGGAGGCAAACCAGCUGUGUAGCAUGGACUCUAAAGCAAAUAUUGUACAUGGUCUGUCAGUCUUGGAAAUCUGUCUUAUCAUAGCAAUGAAACAUUUAAAUGACAUCUAUGAAGAGGAGCCCUUUAAUUUUCAAAUGGUUUAUAAUGAGUUUCAGAAGUUUGUUCAAAGGAAGGCCCAUUCUGUUUAUAAUUUUGAGAAACCUGUUGUCAUGAAGGCCUUUGAACACUUACAACAAUUAGAAUUAAUAAGGCCCAUGGAAAGAACAUCAGUAAAUGCACAGAGGGAGUACCAGCUGAUGAAACUACUUUUGGAUAAUACGCAAAUUAUGAAUGCUUUGCAAAAAUACCCUAACUGUCCUACAGAUGUUAGGCAGUGGGCAACAUCCUCCCUAAGCUGGUUAUGAAUAUAACCAUGGCUUCAGUUGUGGAGUUUCAGGCAUACUUCUCUAAAGAAUGUUGUCCUUUAACAAGAUAUGUUACUACAUUUUCUUAUAUUUAUAAAAAUGUAUUUUUGUAUUUAUGGGAGACUGUUAACACAUGUAGCAUCAUGGCUGUGCCUUGCCUUUGAAUCACGGCACAUGAGCAGUUACAUGAUUUAUAAUUCCAGUAAUUUAGAUUAUGUUGUAGGUAGCUGUUCAAAAAAAUAAAUAUGACUAUUUCAGG